AUGACACUGGGCAAGGGCAUUGCUGGAUUAGUAACAAGUUUUCCUGUUCUUCCGUAUUUUAAAAAUCAAGCAUCAAAACUUUAUUACAAGGUGAAAACUGUAGUACCAAAACAGUUGAAAAAAAAGCUUAAAGUGUAUCAAGUAGAUUCUGAUAGUGACGAAGUAGACGGAGAUUUGGAAGAAGAACUUAACAGAGAGUUGAACAAGGACAGUGAUGGUGAUAUAUCUGUGAAUGACUUUAAUAUUGAUGAAUUAGAAGAAUAUGAAGAAAUAGGGAAACUUGAAACUUACCCUGAGAUAAGGAGUCAAAAUGAAAAUAGCUCUGUUGAUAAAGAUGAUGGCAAAAUUCAUGGAACUCAACUAAAUUUACUAGGUGAUUUAAAAGAAUGGACUUUAGAUGGACUCAAACAACAAUCGAAUAAAGUUCAGUAUCAUGUCGAGUUAGAGAAAUAUUAUGUUCUGUUGCCAGACUACAGCGUGAAUCAAGAGUUGACCAACAGUACUUUCGACGGCAGCAACACGUCCUGGAGCAGCAGCGACUGGAACGCUCCUCGGGCUCCGAAGAGCGAACCUAACACUUUCUACAAGUACCAGGGCUCGUACCAGGCCGGCGACUGGUCCAGCGACCCGUCCUAUGGCGUGAUGCAUCAGUCCUCCUCUCCAAGUGCCUCGUCGUCCUCCUACUACGACGCUAACAAUGACUACUACGGAUACGGAUACGGACAGGGCUAUGGACAGCAAGCGCCGUACGGGAUGCAGCAGCAGCAACAGAACCCCUAUCCUCCCGUUGUACGGCCACCAUGUGACGCUCCUUAUAACGGGAGCCGGAUUCCGUCCGGCUGUCCGCCCGGUAAGCAGAUGUUUCCGGACUACCGCAGACAGAAUCGGUUCGGUCUGGACGCCCAGGGAAGAAUACAGCAUAUCAAGCGUGAGCCUGAGGACGCCAUGGAACAAGAUGGCGAGAACUUCACGUCUCUCUUCACCAAAAGCCUGACGUCUCUGUACUCACAAGAUGCGGAAAAUGCUUUUCCGGACGAAAGCAAAAGUUACGACCCGGACGUCAUGAUACUGGACCCUGCGCGGCCCCAGGCUGCCAUGGACGACGGAGGGUACCAUAGGAUGAAUGCGUCGUACGGCAUGGGGACGGCUGGCUAUCCUAAUCAUCAGGGACCUCGGCAGAACUUCGGAGGCUACUAUGAGAAUAGGAACCAAAUCCCGGAACCAGCUCCUAGUGUUGUGCAAGACCUCAAUGCGGAAUCAGAGCGGGUCAAUUCCUUCAGGUACGACAGGCCUUCGUUCGAUGACAUGCACCUGUAUGCCUCUUCCCCGAACGAUACCAAAAGUCAGGCGAAGAAGCGGAAACUGUCCACGCCGAACAGUGCCCCCGAAGGCGGCUCCGAAAGCCGGAGGAAAGCCCCCCGCCUCGUUUCCUUCAAAAGCGACUCGAAGUGGACGCCCAACUCGUACUCCUUCUCCGACGUCACUAUCAAGCAAGAGCCCCUGGACGAAUACGAGGACGGCGAGUCGCAGAAUCGCUGCCUGGUGGACAACGCCGCCAACAGCAACGGCAACGCCGUGAAAGCUUCCGUGCAGCCGACCGACCAGCCGAAACCCGUGGUGCGCAAGCGCAGUCCCGGUACGACUUGCUUCGACAGGUUCGAGAAGAAGUCCACCCCUGCAAGCAAGAAGGUGUCGCCGUUGUCCGUGUACGCCAAAGUCCAGGACAGCCUCGUCCUGAGUGUCAAGUGCAGGCGCUACAAGAAGCGGACGAAGCCCAUCGCGGCCAAAGAGGAUUCGACGUAUCCCGGAAGGGAAGAAAUCGAGAACUGGAAGAGGACUGGUGCCUACAGUCAGAGUCCAGACCAAGCAGUUCGGCUGCUCAUGAACGAGCUUAUCGACAGGGUGUCCCACAUGGGCGACCGUAGUGUGCCCGAGGGCCCCGAAUUACCCCCGGUCGACCUAAACAAGGAUAGAGAGCUUCUUUAUCAGUUCUGCAAGCGUUAUUCUAUUGACUAUUCGGACUUUGAGAAUGCUGCCGAGCUGAAACCCCGCAUGGUCGUUACAGAACCGACAAAAAACUUCGAACGGGCUUCCGCCUUCCGCAAACGAACGAAUAUUUCUCCUAUGCGUUCCAAAACACCCACACGAGCUGAGGUUAAGGCUCAGAAGAAUGAGAAAGUGACGAGGAAAGUCGUGGUCGAGGCUGCUAAAUCCAGAGCCGAGGUGGCUAAAACUACCGGCAAGCGGACUCUGAGAAAGUUGCCACGCCGCUCGCAACGCGGUAGGAAACUGCGCGGGCGCAGUCGCAAAGCACCUGUCGUCACGAGACGGUAUUCCACGAGGAGUGCCAAGGAAGACGGUCACAGCGAUGUUGACAUUGUCAUAGGUUCGUCUUCUGAGGAUGAGAAAGAGGCCGGCAAGGAAGCGGAAGUCCCGAAAAAAUCUCAAAGACUCAAAAACAAACACCCGGUUGUUGAAACGCCGGCCAAAGCGAACAGCAUCGAGAGAAACAAUUCCAGAAUUUGCGUGAAGAAGGAAGACGUGAAUGUCAGGUCUAGAAGCAAAAGAGCAGAGACUGAAAAGCAGGAGGAGGUUGCAAAGCUCUCUCCCUUAAAGAAGAAGUGGUCACGACUUCACGAAACCGAAUGUGCAUUGGCAGAAACGGUUACCUGUAAAAAAAACCCACCGGUGAACACACUCAGUAAAGACAUUGUGAAAACAGAAUCAAAUAAUUCAAUCAAAACUUCAGAUCGAAAUUCUAACAAAAAUUCUCCUAAAACUUCAUCUAGAAAAUCUGCCGAUAAGAUCAUCUGUGAUUCUGUUCUGUGUAGCCCAACGUUCAACCUUUUUUCUCGGCAAACCCGGAGAAAAUCCUUCGACGUUGUAGAAAUAGAUUGCGAGGAGAAGGAAGCUAAGCCAGCCGAUGAUAAUUGUUAUGUUAAACUGGUGAAGCACAGUGAGACAAAGCCAUGUGAUAAACCUUUCAUCAAAAAAGAACCCGUGUCACCCGAUCGAAAAAGAGGCGCGUCUAGGGACAAUAGCUUGAGCAAGACUCGAUUAAAAUCUUGUGACGUGCUUGCUGAAUCGAAAAAACUCUGCAGUCCUAAGCAGAGCUCUUCAAAAGAGGCCAAUUCUGAGAGGCAAAUCAAAAACUAUUCGAGUGAAAAAUCUAGUGAUAAACAUAACAAAGAUGCAAAGGAAAGAAAUGCUUCUUUAGACAGUGAGAGCUGUAAAGGAAAAAAGAAAUUCCAAGCCGAUUUAUGUAUCAAAGAAGAAAACAUGGUGAAAGAGAUGCCACGUGAUCGAUCCUUUAGUGAACCCGAGAAGCGACAGGCUGUGAUAUCAAAGUUGGAGGUGAGGUCACGUCGGAAAGAUGUUCCUAAAGCAUCGGGAAAGAAACUUUCAAAUGCUGGAAAACCAGCUGGUUCUGAUAAGGAUUCGGAAAAUUCGUCGCCCAAGAAAAAGGACUUGAACCAAGUCAUCGACAAAACAGAUUCAGUUGUUCAAAUCAAAUUAACUAAGUUGCCAUUAAAUUUUUCUUGCGAAAGCAGUUCAUUAAGUGAAUCUUCACCGGAGGACAGUCUCAAAGUUAUAAUCAAAAACCGUCAAGCAAGAAGCAAGUCAAAAACUCAUUCGCGAAAAAAGGAGCCAAGAAAUGAGAAUGAGCCUGAUGCCUUCGAACCGGUAGCAAGUGUUUUGAAAUCAAAAAAUGAAGUGUUAGAAUGCCAAAAUAAUUGUGAUAAAGCGGAUGGUAACGUUCAUAAUGAGAAAGAAGAUUCCCACUCGAAUAAGACCGGUGCAUCCGAACUUAAAAAAUCUUCUGAGGCGAUAAUUCAUCCGUCUGAAACGUUAGAAGUACCUCACCGACGCAAACGCAACAGGCCUAAGUGUACAGACAGUGAUACAACGAACCCUUCGCCCAAAACUGGGAUUCCCCACCUUGAACCAAAAAUCGCGCCUCCCGAAACCAAAGAUACUGACGCUGCUACUCCCACCUUUGAUCUGAGGAAUACCAUUUUAAAAAUCAAGAGCAAAAUCCAGGCUCAGUUUUCUGAUGAGCAAACAGCCGAUAACAGAGACAAAAUGAAUGACAAGAGUCCAAGUACCUCAGAACCACCGAAGCUGGACUGCAUGAAAGAGAGCCACCCAGAAACAAUCAAGACAAAUAGCAAAGAAAAUAAAAGCGAUCCUGGACCAGAGGAGACGUCGCCCGAUAGUAUCUCGAUCGUCUGCGAGAGCAUGCCCUCCAUCUUCCCUGUGCCCACUGCGGAAGCGGGCAGCAGACCUCAGCCGAUCACCAUCCAUCGGCGUUCGGACUCUGACGAUUCGGACUGCGGAGGCCUAGUCAUCGACCUUGACAGAAGACAGUCUGUGGAAGACCAAGUCCCCUCUCCGGCAUUCGAAAUAGACGAUCCAAAACCAUCGAAGGACACCGAACCUACAGUGCAACGUGAACCGACGCCUUCCACGUCGGGCUAUUCGUCCAGCAGUCGCGACAAGACCAAGUGGGGAUUGGACGACUCCGAUGACGACGACGACUGCUUGUUACCGGAGGGUGGAAGGAGACGUCAGCUGAACAUCACGUUUUCGUCGCUGGAAACGGCCGCCAAAGAGCACGCCAAGAAGAUAAAGGAUCGAGAAGAGUCCAUCUUGAGAUCUCUUUUGCUGGAUAACGCCGAGGCAACGCCCGGAACGUCGCAGGAUCAACCUCAGUCGGCCGCAUACAACAUUUCGCCCGAGUCCAAAGCCAAGAUCCAGAGCGAUAUCAUGCGGAUCCUUAUGCACCAGGCCAAUCAAGACGUUUCUGCUUCCACGGCGGCGGGGGGUUUCGACCUGAAGAAGAUGAACUCAAACUCGCUACCCACCGACAUGAAUGCCAACAUCGAUAUCGAAUCUGAGGACGGCCAGGAGGACGCGGACAACCUCGUGGAAGCCAAAGAAAAGAUAACGAAGCUUAAGAACGAAAUAGUCUACUUGCAGUGCAUGGCCGAUCAGAAAGAUCAGGAACGGACAGCUAUUGUCUUCUUUAAGAGGUACAAGGAGGAAGUGCUAGGACGCUUGGUCAAGGAGUACUCUUUCAACGUCCAAGACCACAUCCGGGACUGGCUGCAGGCUCGGCUGGAGAGUGACCCGGAUGAGUCUCAGACACCCUCUGGAACUCAAACGUCCUCGAUUUCCUUCGCUACUUCUCUGGCUAAUGAUGAUGAGCUUGACCGAUUAUGGAAUGAAUUUGUUGCCUGGGUGGAGAAUCGUUCUUUGAUUGCCCACCAGAAUACAGAAACAUCGGCCCCGCCGGACCUCUCUCUCGCUGAACAAGUUCUACGUCUAGCAAACUAUGCGACCGAAGCUGCGGCCUCUGGCCCUAGCGCAGCCACCCCCACCCAGCCCAGCGACGCUCAAAGUGGAGAGCAGCUGCCAGCAGUCGCCGCCAUGGUCGCCAGCGCCACCGAGAACUAUGGCGUCGACAUGAGGACGAUUCGGAACGGCGGCAUGAACAGCAGCACUGCCUUGGGAGCGACUACGCAAACUAUCCUCCAGAAGGCGCUUUCGUCGUCUAGAGACAACGUGUACAUCCCCGCGUUGAGGGAUCCCAUCAUUCUCACCCCUUCGACAUCUAGGUCCUCACCUUCAACUGAAGCGUCAACCAGCACCGCGAUCAGCGCACACCACCCCAGGCAGUCCUUCCGGACUUUCCAGAGGAAUGGUGGUACAUCUGCCUUCAGGUCCAUGUCACCUCCCCUUCCGGACUUGCGGCCCUCGAGGAAAGAAGAUCGUUUGCAGCCCAUCCAGAAAUCAAAACCUCCCACCGAUCCUCCCAGCCGUUCGCCUCCCGCUUUGCAGCCAGAGCUCAGGCUACCUGUUCCGAAAAUCUUUAGUCCCCAGCCUAAGCCCCCCGAAAAGCAAUACCCUCUAGAUCUGAUUGUCACUACAUCAGCUACCGUAAGUGCAGAGGCGGCACCCACCCGAUGCGAGGCUACGAUCAAGAAAAAAGAAAAUGCUCCCCAAGUUUCUGCUUCAAAUUCACAAUCCUCCUCUCGCCGAACCUCGGAAAAGCCACCCGCUGAAGCGGAGAACUUAAAACCAGAGACUUCUUCAAAGUCCGAAAACUCUAACAGAAAACUAGACACUCAAUACACGAAGUCUGAAAGUCAUCGUGAAGCAACUGUCAUCAAAACGGAGACUACUUACAGAAAGACGGAUGCAUCAGCCUCGGUGUCUGACUUGCCUCCGAGAGACCCUGCUUCAGUGCCUGGCUCAUCGAAAAGAGACUUAGCUUCAGGUUCUGGCUUACCGCCAAAAAAACCGUCGGGUGGCGAUUUCACAUUUGAAAAUCGAUUCACAGGCCAAUCAGAAAUGAUCAUCAGGAAAUCCGACCUGUCCUUCAGCAAGUUGGCAAACAUCAGUUCACCGGCAUCCAGCAAGCCCGAAGGCAGCUAUGUCAAGUCGGAGAGCCCCUUCAGCCUCUCUGAGAGCCCUUUCACCAAACCGGGACCUUCACCGAAGCCGGUGGAGGCUGCCACGGCCUCAUCUUUCAAGGAGGGUUCCAAGAACAGGCGCGUGACAUCUAGUCCCAAGCGACGCCCAGGCUACUCCUAUUCCCCCUGGAACAACGGCAGAAACCCGGAAGCGUCUGCCACACUCGAUCUUCGAACUGAAAACGCGCGUUCAAAGGACAGCCUGCUUCUGCCCAAGAAGGAACCUUCCACCAACGGUCACUCCUCUAGUCGUCAGAAAUUCAUGACUGUUCCUCCACCCACCAUGUUGCAGCAAUCACAGACACCCAGUUCGCCUAGCAGUAGCAGUCAUCAGUCGCGAUCUCACAGCAGCGGUCAUCAUCAUGAGGCAUCACAUAAGAGUAGCAUUGAAAGAAUCUACACCCGCAGCACCGAAGAAGAACUGCGAUCCAUGUCGUACUCGUCGAUUGUGGAGACGAACGGGCUGGCAUACCCCCUGGUCAAGAUGGCCAUGUCCAUGCCGGAGACUGCCGGACCAUCCGGGGUCAAGUGCUUGGGCUGCGGCGUCUCCGAUGCCAAGUUCCUCUGCUCUGGAUGCCGAAAACACUGGUAUUGCAGUCCUCACUGCCAGACAAUGCGCUGGCCCGAGCAUUCACGCGAUUGUGGAAGAUUCUUCGAGUAG